GAAAUCCCGGUUAUGCUCUUAUUUUGAAGGAGUAAAGCGGAAGUCCUGCCCUUCAGCUAAAGCUAAUGCUCCGCUGCUUCCGCGCUGUUUUCCUCCUUCAAACUGCAGGUGAAGUGAAGGCCAGGUGAGUCGGGAUGGCGGAGGAACAUUACCUGGAGAUGAGCGAGAACCCGGUCCAGUUUGAGCAUGCGUCAAGCGUCAACAACGUCUUCUUCGACGAAGCUAACAAACAGGUGUUUGCGGUGCGUUCAGGUGGAGCUACAGGUGUGGUGGUGAAAGGGCCUGAUGACAAAAGCAGCGUUGCCUUCAGGAUGGAUGACAAAGGGGAGGUGAAGUGCAUCAAGUUCUCCAGGAACAAGAUCCUGGCGGUCCAGCGGACCUCCAAGUCCGUGGACUUCAUCAACUUCAUCCCCGACUAUCCACACACAGAGUUCACCCAGGAGUGUAAGACGAAGAACGCCAGCGUUCUGGGGUUCUGCUGGACCAGCUGGAACGAGAUCGUCUUCAUAACGGACCAGGGCAUAGAGUUCUACCAGGUGUUCCCAGACAAGCGCAGCCUGAAGCUGCUGAAGAGUCAGAGCAUCAACGUGAACUGGUACCAGUACUGUCCGGAAACGGCCGUGAUCCUGCUGUCCACCACGGUGCAGGGCAACGUCCUGCAGCCGUUCGCCUUCCGGAACGGAACCAUGACCAAGAUGACCAAGUUCGAGAUCGAGCUGCCGGUCGUCCCCAAACCGGCCAAGCUGACGCUGUCGGAGAGGGACAUCGCCAUGGCAACCAUCUACGGCCAGCUGUACGUCAUGUACCUGAAGCACCACUCCCGGACGGCGAACAGCCCCGGAGCCGAGGUGGUGCUGUACCACCUGCCCAGGGAAGGCGCCUGUAAGAAGAGCCACAUCCUGAAGCUCAACACCACCGGGAAGUUCGCCCUGAACAUCGUCGACAACUUGAUCGUCGUUCACCACCAGAGUUCACAGACGUCUCUGAUCUUCGACAUCAGGCUGAAGGAGCCCGACUGCACUGUUAACACCCACCAGCCGGUUCUGCCGGCCCGGUCCAUCCAUCCCUACAGGAUUCCUCUGUCAGGUCCAGCUGCCGUUCCGACUCAGCCGCCGGUUCCGUGUCAGCUCUACUCUUCCUCCUGGAGCGUCUUCCAGCCCGACAUCAUCAUCAGCGCCAGUGAAGGUUACCUGUGGUACCUGCAGGUGAGGUUGCCCCCUACUGUCCACCUGCUGCAGGACAAGGGGAAGCUGAUGGACUUCCUGCUGCGGCGAAGGGACUGCAAGAUGGUGAUCCUGUCGGUGUGCUCUCAGAUUCUGGACGGGCAGGUGAAGGGCAGCCUACCCGUGGUAGCGACCGUCUUUGACAAGCUCAACCAGGUGUACAAGGAGUACCUGGAGGCGGAGCAGAGCUACACGGCGGCCAUGGAGUCGGGUCCGAGUCGAGGCGGCGGCACCCAGAAACGGCCGGUCCGGACGCAGGCAGUCAUUGACCAAUCAGACAUGUACACACACGUCCUGUCAGCGUUCACAGAGAGGAAGGACGUGUCCCAUAAGUUCAUCAUCGCCGUGCUGAUGGAGUACAUCCGCUCCCUGAACCAGAACCAGAUCACCGUCCAGCAUUACCUGUAUGAGCUGGUGAUCAAGACUCUGGUCCAGAACAACCUGUUCUACAUGCUGCACCAGUUCCUGCAGUACCACGUCCUCAGUGACUCCAAACCUCUGGCCUGCCUGCUGCUGUCUCUGGAGAGCACCUACCCUCCAGCCCACCAGCUAUCUCUGGACAUGCUCAAGCGCCUGUCGACGGCUAACGAUGAGAUCGUGGAGGUUCUGCUGUCCAAGCAGCAGGUUCUGGGCGCGCUCAGAUUCAUCCGCAGCGUUGGCGGCCAUGACAGCGUGUCGGCCAGGAAGUUCCUGGAUGCGGCGCGGCAGACGGGAGACCAGAUGUUGUUCUACACCGUGUUCCGGUCGUUCCAGCAGCGGAACCAGCGCCUCAGAGGAAACCCGUCCUUCAACCCAGGGGAACACUGUGAGGAGCAUGUGGCGCACUUCAAGCAGCUGUUUGGGGAGCAGGCGCUGAUGAAGCCGUCCACAGUGUGACCUCUGACCUCCGCAUGAUGACCUCUGACCCCCAUAGGACCAAACGGACGCAGCAGAACCACCAGGAAGGUUCCAGCAUCCUCCUCUUCCUCACAUCCUAAAUCUGUCUGUGAAUAACUAAUUAUAACUCCAUGAACUGCAGAUGACUUUGUUUGAAGAUUAGAAAGUGUGAAAUGUAACUUUAUUCCUAAAAUAUGACAACUUUCAUAGCAGAAAAUGCUUUAAUAUUGUGCCACUCUGACUCCAUGUCUGCAAAUAAACACUGAAACAGGAAAUCAGUAUUUGGGUCAGGUGUUGUGGGCGGAGCCUGAGCUGCACCUGUAUGCAAAGGCGUAAAUCCAGCUCAUUAUUGGGGGGGACCAAAAAACAGGAAAAUAUCUGAAGACCAAUUUUGGAGGGUUGGUGAAGUUACAGGAAAAUGUAACGUAAAAAUGGUUUAAAAAGUUUUUAAACUACAUUCAAGCUGCAGGACCAAAAAUGACUAAUAAUGCAGAUCAAACAUGUCAGUCAGCAAAUUAUUGAGAAACUAAAACUCAAAUGUUGCUUCUAUACCAGUUUUGUUCAGCCUGACUGAUCUACUCUCUGCUACACUUUACAAUUAAGGUUCUAAAUAAAGUUUUAAUGAGGAACUGCUCUUAAUAAAAUUCCUCAAACAUUUAUUUAUUGAAAUGCCUCCCAAUACAAAAUAUGGGCUAUUUAAAUAAUAACUUAACUUGCUUUAUUUUAAACUUUGUUUUAGUUUAGUCCUGGAUGACUGAGAACAGGCAGAUAGAAAUGAGUAUCUGGGGAGAAUCAUAACUUACCACAUUUAAAGCACCAGAGUUUAUAUAGAAAAUUAUUCAGACUUUAUUGUGUGGUUUUAUAAAUGCUGUUUCUUCUGUUCUCAGCUCCUCCCUCCAAACUCACUAAAACUUAGAGUUAAAUAUGAAUGUUUGCUACCUUCUAUGAAAGCAGUGCAGCAGUUUUGCUAAUGAGGCAGCUUAUCAUGAUUAAAGGUAAUGAUCUUUAUUGUUCAUGUGUUUCUUCCCACUGAGCAGCGAAAGUAAAUAAAAUGUUGAGAUGUCUUUUGUUGUAAGUAUUUACUUACUGGAGGGUUUAAUGUUUGUGCUGCAGAGCUUUGGACUGAACCAUUUUUCUCAUAAUGGUAGUUUGGGACCUAAAAUGACAGAUUUAUUUUGUUUUCUUUUACCUUUUCAUAUUAUUAUUUAAAUGCAAAUGUUUCUUCAAUGAUUGUUUUUGGGGGGACCAGACUUCCAGACUUCACCCCCUGGGAUUUACGCCUAUGCCUGUAUGAGGCUGCAUAACAAUGAUGUAAAUCUGUGUUCAUUAUGUAAAUAAAGUAUUUUAAUAAAUCUGGAUUGUAUGUGAACUUAA